UUACACGCAGUUGCUCAGGUCUCUUGACUGGACAGGUCUCUUUUUCAUUAUAAUAAAUGUUAUAACUUUGGACAAUACCUGAAACAAAGAAGCAAACUGACAACUUUAUAUCCAAAGGUUUUGUUUGCAUUGGUGAGGACACAAAAAUGAAGAGAAAUGAAAUAAACCUUGAAAUGUUCAAAACAUUUUACUUUUAAAUCGGAGACUGCUUCCAGUCUACACCAAUCCCUGUGCUAUAAAAACCAACGUCAAAUGCCUCCUGUUAACCUGCAGCACUGCAACGGUCAUAAAAUAUGUUAACGGAUAAACACAGAGAGGAACUGAGGCUGAAAGGUUAUACGGUUGUGGAGGGGGUUCUAACCAACGAAGAGUCCGAUAAAUAUCGAGGAAUGUACUCUGAUUGGCUUGCAUCAUUCAAUGGCAAUUGGCCUCAUUCGUCUAGAUCCCUAAUUCACGAAUACAAAGUUGGUCACAUGGAACCGACCUGGGCCGUGAGGUUGAAAGCAAAGAAGGUCUUCGAAGAAAUAUGGGGUACAGAGAAGCUUCUGAGCAGCAUGGAUUCCAUAGCUAUUGGGCGUCCCCCAGAGGAUGGUGAGGAGGAUUUCCUGUCCCCAGGGGAACACUGGCUCCAUAUCGACCAGGGCCCUGCGCGAGAAGGGCUCCAUGCGUACCAAGGGGCUCUGUAUCUUGAGACCGUCGAUGAGGAUGACUGGGCAUUUGAGGCGAUUGAAAACUCCCAUGAGUAUCACGAUCGGUACUACGUUGAAUGCGACUACGCCAUCAAGAAGAGGAAAGAAAAUCCCUCAUGGCGUCUCAAGCGCUUGAAUGACGAGGAUGUCGAUUACUUCACCAAAGAACGAGGACUCAAGACGAAAAGAGUGCGUUGUCCAAAAGGAGGAAUUAUUUUGUGGGACUCUCGACUCGUCCACGCCAACUCUCGGCCAAUAAAAGGAAGAAAGAAUCCCGGCAGAUGGCGCUAUGUGGUUUUUGUCAGCAUGACCCCAGCCAAAUGGACAGCGGAAGGAUCACUGGAAAUAAAACGGAGGGCCUACAAGGAAAUGCGCGUUACGGGUCAUUGGUCAACCAAUGGUAUACGAUUUUUCCCUCAAGAACUGCCCCCAAAUGCUCCGAAGGAUCCGAACCCUCUAACAGAACACCCACCAUCGGCCCAAACCAAAGAAGCAAAACAACUGGCAGGAGUCCUUCCCUAUGAAUCGUCGGCUGAGGAUGACAGAGUGAUGGCUGCUCCUAAAUUUCGACUGGAAUUUAUGGAAGGUUAAACGUUGAUAAAACCUACAAUAAAACCUUUUGGUCAGGACUUUCACAGAAGGAACACGAUCACUGUGUUGGUGUAUGCUGCCCUCCUCGCUUUAUAUGUGUAUAAUGCAUAAAUUAUUAUUAUGCGAGGACAUACCUACCAAGGCCACUGAUCUGCUCUCGUAAUGGGUAAUGGAUAAUAAAAAUAAUAAUAAAUG